CUGACCAAGAAGAAACGUGACUGUUGUGUUGAAAAAAUAUCAUUUCAGAAAAAUCACGGAUACAUUAACGCUGUCUUGCUCUGAGGAUUUUUUUAACAAUGGGAGAGUCAGCUGUGAGGACACUGGAUACAGCUGUACCAGCUAGUAUUGACCACAUCGCUCUGAAUAACCAGGUUGUUGGAAUGAGGAAAACGGUGAAGAGAACAAAAGUUCAGCUCAUCAACAAGAUGGUGAAACGUGUCCGCGUUCUGAAGAACUGUACCAAAGGAACUGAACAAGCCAUUGCUAAGAAGAAACGAAAAGCAGAAAGGAUGUUAAAAGAGAUUGAAGUUAUAAAGAGGCUGGACCCUGACAAAGUGUCAAAGUAUGCCCUGGCCACCACAACCACAUUCAAGGAUGUUGAAAACUUACCAUCAGCUUCAGAAACCAAGGCCAUGACUCGAUACAGCAACCAUAAACUCAUGCAGGAUGUUGUGAGGAAAUUCAGAGAGAAGCAUGCAGACUGGAAAGCUUUAGCAGCAUAUCUUCUGUCCAAAAACACCGGGCGACGCUACAAGAAAAAGGCCACAAAAGAGAAAGUUAGUGCCACAGCAGCUGCUACAAAUAUGAAAGCCGGCGAAACCCUCAUGCAGAAUUUCCUGCAACAAAAGGGAGCCAUGAAAGGGAACGAUUUAAAACCCACAAACAUUCUGAGAUCCAAAAACAAAGGAAAACAAAUUCAAAAGGACUCAGGGGAUGAAUUUAGUAUCAGUGAACUGAAGAAAUCAGGGGAAAGUUUUGAAGUCUCUUCACCAGAUCCCAAAAUUAAGGCGAAAUUGACUGAAAAUAAGAGGAAUGAAUGUGACCCCUUGGAUGUCAUCUCCAAGGUUACCACUGUUCACAGUUCAAUCCCCACAGUUCAAAGAAAACAUAUGGUCAUACAGUCAUUCUCAUUACAUGAUACACCAGAUGACACUCUCCCAGUGCAUGCUGGGUCAUCAAAUGAAUCUGACCUUGGCAGGAAUAGUGAAGGAGAAUUCAUGCCAGAGUUUUUGCAGAAAACCUCCACAAAAGCAGGACGUGUCAAGCAUGAUGCGUUUUUCAUGGGUGGAGAUGAUGAUGUUGAUUCAGGUACAGAGAGCAUAGACCAAGCAGCGAGUGAAGGUGAGGAGGAUGGAAGUGACCUUGAGGAUGAUGACCAGCUACAGAAGGGCAAAAUAGCCAUACGCUCAACAUUUGUGGGCUCGCUGACAGAUGACCGUAGGGAGAAAAUGUCAUCAUGGGCGAAGAAACAUACCUCAGUCCGACGACCGGUUGGUGGAAAAGUGGAUGCUCCAUACAGAAAAAGGUAUGAAAAUCUGCCCAGUAGCUAUUUGAAGUUCAUGUGUGUAGCACACCUCUCUGAUUCAUGA